CCCCCCCAAGAUGGGCUGUUUAGGGAACAGCAAGACUGAGGAUCAGCGCAACGAGGAGAAGGCGCAGCGAGAGGCCAACAAGAAGAUCGAGAAGCAGCUGCAGAAGGACAAACAGGUCUACAGGGCCACGCACAGGCUCCUCUUGCUGGGUGCUGGCGAAUCUGGUAAAAGCACAAUUGUCAAACAAAUGCGGAUCUUGCACGUCAAUGGAUUUAAUGCAGAGGAGAAAAAAAUGAAAAUUCAAGAUAUUAAAAAUAAUAUUAAAGAAGCUAUAGAGACAAUAGUAACAGCGAUGGGAAACCUGGCACCACCAGUGGAACUAGCUAAUGCAGAGAACCAGUUUCGAAUUGAUUAUAUAUUAAACUUAGCAAAUCAGAUAGAUUUUGACUUCCCACCAGAAUUCUAUGAACAUACAAAAACACUUUGGCAAGAUGAAGGUGUGAAAGCGUGCUAUGAAAGAUCUAAUGAAUAUCAGUUGAUUGACUGUGCACAGUAUUUCCUAGACAAGAUUGACAUAGUCAAGCAAAAUGAAUACACACCGUCUGACCAGGACCUUCUUAGAUGCAGAGUUCUGACAUCAGGAAUAUUUGAAACCAAGUUUCAAGUGGACAAAGUAAAUUUCCAUAUGUUUGAUGUUGGUGGGCAAAGAGAUGAACGUCGAAAAUGGAUCCAGUGUUUCAAUGAUGUAACUGCUAUAAUAUUUGUGGUAGCCAGCAGUAGCUAUAACAUGGUUAUACGAGAAGACAAUCAGACCAACCGGCUUCAAGAAGCAUUAAACCUCUUCAAAAGUAUCUGGAACAACAGGUGGCUACGGACCAUUUCAGUUAUUCUUUUCCUGAACAAACAAGAUUUGCUAGCAGAGAAAGUUUUGGCAGGCAAAUCAAAAAUUGAAGAUUACUUUCCAGAAUUUGCUCGUUACACCACACCAGAAGAUGCAACACCAGAACCCGUUGAGGAUCCUAGAGUUACAAGGGCCAAGUAUUUUAUUAGAGAUGAAUUUCUUAGAAUCAGCACAGCCAGUGGAGAUGGACGGCAUUAUUGCUACCCUCACUUCACCUGCGCCGUAGAUACAGAAAACAUUCGGAGGGUUUUCAAUGACUGUCGGGACAUUAUUCAAAGGAUGCAUCUUCGUCAAUAUGAGUUGUUGUGAUGGAGCGCACUUUUUCCCUCUGUUUUGGACUCCUUGUUCCUUAUUAAAAAGAAAAAAAAACCUGGCCCACAUAGGGUGGAAGAGAACUGUUGCAGUCUCUCUCUGAUUUGCAUCCCUCAGUCUUUUUUCCUUGCUGGACAAAGAGCAGCCUUUCUAAGCUGUCUUGUUUCACCCCCUUGGGACGGUCGGAAAUAGUCCCUGCAAAGGUCUAUUUCUGCGGUCAGGGUGAGGUUUCUCUCUUUAACACGGCCCUUACAAACGAAACAAAACCCAAAACAUGCAAACAAAAGAAUAACGCCCGAAGGGUGAAGCACCUGAGAGGAUUUGGGAUUUCAAUUAAAUAUUUAAAAGCAGACAAAAAAAAAAAAGAGGAGGAGGAGGAGGGAGAACUUUAGGUAAUCAUUACUGUUGUGGGCAUGAUCAUUUAUCCCAUGAUUUCAACUCUGUAUCCAUUCACUGCAUCCAACUAAGGAAGGUGCCAAGUUCUAAAGGCAGCCGCUUCAGUUUGGGUUUUUUUGCCUCUGAAUGUGACUUUUGGGUGGAAAUACUGACAUUUCUACGGCAAACCUAGACAGUAGAAAAACCAACUGCUACCUUCACAAAAGUGUUGCUGAAGCAUGAUGGUCCUGACUAACAGGGACGGUGCAAAAUGAACUGCAUUAUAGCCUGUGAUUGCAGAAAAGAUUUAACCACACACUGUUUUCAGUUUGUCCACUGUUGAUCCUAUCUUUUUAUUUUAUAUAUAUAUAUAUAUAUAUAAAUCUUUAUAUAUAUAUAAAAUCUUCUUUUCUUCUUCCUGUAUCAUUCCCCUUCUUCUAUUUCC